AUGUUUUGCACAUCUUUAACAGAAAUAAUAAUUCCAUCUGCAUGUCAGAUAAUAGGUCAACAUGCAUUUAGUUCUUCAGGAAUUAAGAUGAUUGAUUUUGGAGAUACAUCUUCAUUAGAAAUAAUUGAUUCAAUGGCAUUUUCAGGAUGUAGAAAUCUAGUUAAUGUACAAAUCCCUGCAAAAUGCAUGUUCAUCAAUGAUCAAGCAUUUGCAUACUCAGGUCUAUCAAAUUUGAAUUUUGAAAAUAACUCAAGGUUAAUAUCAAUUGGUGCAAAUUCAUUCAUUUCAACUCAUAUUCAGUCUAUCAUAAUUCCAUCUUCUUGUAAAUCAAUUAAUGAAUCAGCUUUUAAGCAAACACAGUUAUUUACGCUUGAAUUUGAAGCAAAUUCUAAUUUAGAGAUCAUAGAUAAAUAUUCAUUUGGUAUGACAAAUCUUCAGAAAAUUCAUAUACCUGCAAAUUGCAAAAUUAUAAAUGAUUAUGCAUUUAAUUCAUGUAUGAAUUUGGGAGAAAUAACUUUUGAAAAAAAAUCAAAAAUAACAUAUAUUUCAAUUACAUCUUUUAAUGAAUGCGACAAACUAGAAAUAUUCAUGAUUCCCGAUUCAUAUCAAACUCUAACUGAUAUAGUUAAAUGUAUUCCCAAAUCUAUUACCAAAAUCGUUCUUCCGGACACAAAUAUUAAUAAUAUCCCCGAAGAAUGCUUCAAAGAUUUUGAACAUCUUGAUGAGAUUGUAGCAGAUGAAAACACAUACAUUGAAAAAACAGAACAAGGAGCGUUUCGAGGCUUGAAAAAUCUCAGACAUGUAUUUUUUAAUUGUACAAUUAAUUUGGGAGAUUAUGCAUUUGAACAGUGCUCUGGUCUAAAUCAGGUUUAUAUCAGAAAAAUUGAAAAAUUUGAAAGUGGUUCAUUCAAUCGCUGUACAAAUCUUUAUAAUGUUUCAAUUUGUGAAUUCGAUGGAACAAUCCCAAACGAGUGUUUCAAGUCGUGUGAGAAUUUAAUCAAUUUUAACUCAUUAGUUCCUAUUAAACAUAUCGGAAAUCAUUCUUUUGAUAGUUGCCGCAAAAUUUUAUUAAAUAUUUCUUCAUUAAUUUCAAUUAAGAGUUUUGGUUUGCAUUUAUCACAUAUUGCCGAAUUCCCUAAAAAUAUUGAAUAUAUAGGCGAAUCCGCAUUUAGUCAAUGCAUUAUAGAUGAAACAAAUAUAUCAUUCUCAAAUAGACUUACUUUAAUUGAAGCAAAUGCAUUCCUUGAAACUAGAGGAUUUGAUAAUGUUAUAUAUUGCGGAAAUAGGAAAUUUAACAAAAAAUAUACUGUUUUUGAUUCACGAAUCAAUAUAUAUGUUUCAUCUAUUUAUCCAAUUGCGAAGUUCUAUGGAUUGGAUGUGAAAAAGGAUAAUAGUAUAGAUGUGUGCUAUGUAGCAGACCUAUCUCAAGAGAUUCCAAUAUAUCGUUUAACUACAUUAGAUUUGCGUAAAUUAAGGCGAUGA